AUGCCUAGAAAAGAAUCAAGUGUACUAAAGCCAUUAUCUGUACAACCUAUCUAAGUUGAUCAAAAAGACUAUGCUUAAAUGCUUUAAUAAAAAUUGGACGUUUUGAUUUAAGAAAGAGAAUAGGAAUCUUAGAAACUUUUAUUCGGUAUAGGUACAUCUGCACUUACAAAUGAGCAGCAAUCAACUGAAACGAAAUUAAUGAUAACUUAAAGACUAAAAGGGAAAGAAAAAGAAGUAAAUAAGCAGUCAAACUUUGAUAAGUUGAUAGAAAAAUAAAAUCAACGAAAACUAAAGAGCAGAGGUAAAAGCAGAUCUAAAGAAGGAAUAACAGGUGUAGGCACUCUAAAUCUAGACGAUGAGGAAUAAUUUGCGUAGCUUACUUAGAAAGUUAGCAUAUUUGAAAAGACCAAAUCCUAUUCAAGUGGAGUUACUCAAGAUCAGGACAAUAGGUUAUGCUUAAUUUGGAGGAAGAUUGGCCAAUGUCCACAAGGUGAUAAAUGCCCCUAUGCUCAUGACGCUAAUGAUAUAAAAUAUUACAGACCAUCAAUUUGGAUGAACUUGGUAAAGAGCCUCAACGAGGAUAAAACUUAGGAGACAGACGAAAGUGAGAGUUAUGAAAGGCUAACAAGAGUAAAGAAUGUUGAUAAAUACUUUGGAGAUAUAGAUCAGGCCUGCAGAAUAAACAACGCCAGUGGAGUAGAAUAUCUAAUCUUAAAUGGUGCCAAGUUCUCAAAAGAUGCAAUUUUCUAUUGUGUCAAGAACAGAAAUUACGAGGCAUUGGGUUCACUUAUAAAGCAUUCUAUAUUUACUUUGGACACCGGAGUCACUUAUGCGAAUAUGUAUGGAAACAUUCUGCACACUGCUUGCUAGUAUGCUAAUCUUCAAAUUCUUACAAAGUUAGUCGACACUGAACUAUACGAUGUGAAUCUAAUCGACAAAUAUGAGAGAUCUCCAAUAUUUUAUGCUGUCAUGAAAGAUAACUUUGAGGAGGUAAAGCUGCUCAUUUCAAAGUGCUCUUUUCUUGAUUUUGAGGAUAUUUAUGGAAAGGUAUUACUAGAUUAUGCAAGAGACGUUCAUAGCGAGAAAAUUCUUGGGAUUCUUAUUGAUAGUGGAGAGAAUUUGGGUAAAAAUAUGUGCAAGGGUGUAGAACUUUUGUUUGAAUGUAUUUAAUAGAAAUGGUUGGACUUAUUCAAAUCACUGAUAAAGAAAGGUGUUCCAAUAGCUUCUGUAGAUAAUAAAGUAAAAAAUUUUUUUAUGACAGAUAAUACAGGAUAGUCGAUCUUUCUCAAGGCUGUUAUUAAAAAUGACUAUGAAACUGUCGAAAGAUUACUUACUUCAAAAAAGGAUAGCAUUAAAGUAGACUAGCAAGAUUAGGAAAAUAGAACUGCUUUGAUGUAUGCUUGCGAAAAUUAAAAUCUCGAGAUUUUAGGCCAUCAUAUCUAUGACUAUGCUAAAUCAGAAAUUUCAAGAUAAAUGAUUCUAGACUACAUACUAUAUAAAUUUGAGGGAAUGUCAAAAAAGGAAAAAGAUACUUUGAUAUACCAACUUAUGCAGAGAAAUAAUAGAACAGAAUCAAAACUCUCUCUCAUUUCAACUGGUCUUCCUAAGAAAAAGAAGGGAGGCCACUUAAAAAUCCAAGAAGUUAUCGAUUAAAUAGACAUUGAAUAUAAAUCUCAGAUUAAAGCAGAAAAAGAGAAAGCAGACGAAGAUGGUACCUAGAAGAUAAUAGCAGAAAAAUUUCUCCAAAGCAAGAUUUCCUUAUAGUAACUUACAAAGUAAGCUCUUAGUAAGCCUACUGAAAGAAUGAUGGGAAAAUAGCAGCUAGUUGAAAACUAUUUCAGGACCUAGGAGAAUAAAGUAGCUGAAGCCGUUAAGAUGCAUCAGAGUAGAAGACUUAUAGUAGAUCCAUAAUCAUUAGCCAUUCAACUGAAAAUAGAGAGAGAAAGAAGAACUUCGUUGACUAUAAAUAGAGGCGGAACCAAGAUUAUGUAAGAUCAGAAUCCAAGACAUUAAGGAAAUGGAUAGUAAGUCAAAUAGAUAAAUACAGGAAAUUUGACAGAGAGAUUUCCAGCUAGAGUAGUACAAUCCUCUUCAUAAUAAGAUGAAGAAAUUAGAACUGAGACGGCUGCUUCAAGCAUUUUUUCUAAAAUCAGAGCAAUGAAAAAUGGAGAAAUCAAUAUGUUCCAAGAUAUGAAACAAGCUGGGGGCCACCAGUCAUAAAGAAACUUAAAAACUCAUACAUUAGCUAACAAUGAAACUUAGUAGACUUAAUCUAGUAAGAACUUCUUUAAGCAAAGAAGGGCUUCUCAAAAACUUAGCAGUCCUAGCAAGAGAGGAAAGAUGUGUCUUAUGGAUCAUUUGAACUUUAAAAAUGACACAAAGGAAAAGCGGAUACUAAUGGAAAUAUUAGACGAAUUUAAACCAGCUAAUAGAGAUGAUUUUAGAUAAGAAUGUUCGCCCAUCAAUAAUUUAGAGUCAUAGGUGUCAUUAAAGAUUCAAAGAUAGUAAACUAUGUGGGAUCAAGAUGAGAUAGAGUUGUAUACUGAUUAGCAAUAUUCAUGCAAGGAGAUAAAUAAGUACUUUUAGCCUGAAUCAAUAACAACAACAAAAAGAUUAACUCUCUCUAAGAAAUCCUCAUAAAGUUGA